AUGGCCGCGAGUAAGUGCUGGGCCGGCUCGCGCGGCUCGGGUAUCUCCGGGAACCCCGGACGGUGCUUGGGGGCGGGCAUGGCGGAGCGCCCCUGGAGGCAGUGGGGAGUCGCCGCCUUCCUGAAGAAUGCCUGGGCCAAGGAGCCGGUGCUGGUCGUGUCCUUCACCAUCGGGGGUCUCGCUUUCAUUGUGCCUGCACUGAGUCCCUACACCAAGUACUCCAAUAUGAUCAACCAGGCCACACCCUACAACUACCCAGUGCCCGUCCGAGAUGAUGGCAACAUGCCCGAUGUGCCCAGUCACCCCCAGGAUCCCCAGGGCCCAAGCUUGGAGUGGCUGAAGAAUCUGUGAACACUUCCAUCGACAGGGAGGAGAUCCCCUCCCCUGAGGCCCCCAAUAAAAAUGUGAAAACCAC